AGAAAACCUAAAACCGCGUUAAUUCCCCUCUAGAUUCGGGGAGUUCUAAUUAUUCGCGAAGGUUUCGUUUUGGCGUUUGUGAAAUGUCAUGGUACAAUAUUAGCAUUACUGCUGCUAUAGUUUCCUUUGGUGGGGUUUUUGUUUCAGUUUGGAUUAUCCGAAGAUGGAAGGCUCUAAAUUACUUACAAACUUUUGGAAUUGUAUGCCCAAAUAAAGCUCAUUUUAUCUAUGGCAAUCUUCAUGAUCUACGGUGGUCAAAAAAUGAAAGCAUCCAAGAGAAGCAAACAGAGUGGCUCAAUAAACAUGGCAAAGUUGUUGGUUAUUACAUGGGCUUAAAACCAAGGAUCUUGGGCGAUCUUGAUAUCUUAAGAGAAGUGCUCAUCAAACAUGUAAACAUUUUCACCAAUAGGCCAGAUGUCCCUCGUGGCAUGCCAACACUAGUAUCACUGAGGGAUGGAAGGUGGAAAGAAGUUAGACAUAUUUUAACUCCAACAUUCAGUCUCCUGAAAUUGAAAUCAAUGUUUCGUACAAUAAACGAAUGUGCGGAAUUAUUCAUCGAUAUUCUGAAAGAAGAUUCGGACCCUUCGAAAGAUUUGGAAAUUUACGAGCCUCUGCAAGGUCUCACGCUCGAUGUGAUCAGCCGGUGCGCUCUUGCGCUGCAACUUGACUGCCAAAAAAAUCCUCAGGAUAAAAUCCUUGAAGCCGUUCGAAAAUUUUUUCGUCUUGAUCUGAGUAGAAUUAUUGUCAUGCUUGUCUGCUUUCCAGGACUACGUUCUUUCUUCCGCAUGCUUUUUCGUUUUGCACCAUCUAACAAACUAAUCGCUUUUGUCCUGAGCCACGUACGGCUUGUCGUUGCUCGACGCCGUGAAGCUAAAGAGGCUCCAGUUUUUAUUGACGCCCUGCACUUGCUCUUAGAAGCUUCAGAGGGUAAACAUGUCGAGCCUGAAUCAGGAAGCCAGGCAGUAGGACUAUUGAACGAUGAUGAAAUAGCGUGGAACGCUUGUGUUUUCCUUUUAGCCGGUUAUGAAACUACUUCAACUGCGCUAGCAUACAUUACCUAUUGCCUCAGUCUUCAUCCAGAAAUCCAGGAAAGAAUUCACACCGAAAUUAUCGAAAAAAUCGGACCUGAUUCAUCGACGCUUGGCUACGAUGAAGUUUCCAAACUCCAAUAUUUGGAACUUGCUAUUCAGGAAUCUCUUCGUCUGUUCCCUCCAGUACCUCUGUUUGUUGCACGAGAGUGUAAAGAAACGACUACCAUAAAAGGAGUGACUAUCCCCGUGGAUUGUGCUGUGGACGUCCCUGUGUGGAGCAUCCAUCAUGAUCCAGAACUGUGGCCGGAGCCCGAAACUUUCGACCCACUUAGACAUUUACCUGAAGAGAAGACAGGGCGACAUCCAUUAGCAUUUUUACCUUUCGGCGCUGGUCCGCGUAAUUGCAUUGGAGGGCGAUUUGCCAUGCUUGAAAUGAAAUGCACAAUCGCAAAUCUUGUGCGCAGCUUCGUCAUCAAGGCGAGUGAGAAGAAUUCUGUUCCAUUGUCAACAGUGGUGAGAACAACAAUAAUGAAUCCCACGGAUGAGCCUCUUGUGAAGAAGAGUGAAACGAAGCUAAAAAUGGAGAACGCGAAGGCACCGAAUACGUACGACGAAAUCGCUGCUCAAGUUCAGGAAAUCCAAUCAAGGAGCAAGGUAGAUAUAUCUGAAAAAGAUCGGAUCGGGUUUGGCGAAUCAGGCAUUUUUGAUUCAGAAAUCUAUGGUGAAGUUCAAAGUCGAUUUGAUGGAUAUGUGACUUCAAUUGCAACAAAUGAUGAAGUUGAAGAAGAAGACUAUGAUGGAGGAGUUACAACUGGAGGGCGCCAAACCUUUACAGCUCCCGCUGCCAUACUCAAUGAAGUGGCAGGAGAAGAUUUUGACCCAUUUGCUGAGCAUCGACGACCAACUAUUGCAGACAGGGAAGAUGAAUAUAGAGCAAAACGAAGGAAGAUGGUUAUUUCACCGGAGCGUGUUGAUCCCUUUGCUGAAGGCGGUAAAACUCCAGACGUAGGGUCUCGCACGUACGCACACAUCAUUCGUGAACAGCAGUUGCGCGCAGAAGAACAAGAGGUUCGGCGUAAGCUUGCUGACAAGGCCAAGGAUGGUACUUUGAAAGCUGUAUCAAUCCCAUCAAAUGGCGAAGGAACCGAAGCACCAAGGAAACGUGCGGCGCGCUGGGACCAAACAGGUGAAGGCGAUACAGGUCCAGCGGCCACUCCAGUUGUUGCACCAACAGUUCCAACGGUUAAGAAGAAGACUUGGGAAGUUGAAACGCCAGCCGUAGCUCGUUGGGAUGAAACACCUGCGCGCUCUAAGGGUUCAGAAACGCCAGCAGCCGGAGGAGUCACACCUGGAAGUCGUUUGUGGGAUGCUACGCCGGGGCAUGACGAUUCGCGCAAAAGGAAUCGUUGGGAUGAAACACCUAAAACAGAAAGAGCUGGAGAAUUCACCCCCGGUUUUGGUUCCGGUUGGGCCGAAACACCCAGGACAGACCGCGGUGGGGACACAAUUCAGGAGACACCUACUCCGUCGGCAUCAAAACGUCGCAGUCGUUGGGAUGAAACACCAGCCAAUUCCAGUGCUACACCGUCCGGUGGAAUGACCCCACAAACUCCUUCGUUAUCUGGAGCCAUGACUCCAAGAAUGACCCCUGGUGGAGCUACCCCCAUCGGACAAAAAGCAAUGGCCAUGGCCACCCCGACCCCCGGUCAUCUUGUUACAAUGACUCCGGAGCAACUUCAGGCUUACCGGUGGGAGAGAGAAAUCGAUGAAAGAAACCGCCCGAUUGGGGACGAUGAACUGGAUGGCAUGUUUCCUGAAGGUUACAAAGUUUUGCCUCCACCAGCUGGAUACAUUCCUCUGCGCACUCCCGCCCGCAAGUUGACUGCGACUCCCACACCAUUAGCUGGUGCCAACUCUGGUUUUUAUAUGCAGCAAGAAGAUAAAACUGCAUCGAAAUAUAUGGAUACACAACCCAAAGGAGGAAAUUUGCCAUUUUUGAAACCAGAAGAUGCACAGUAUUUCGAUAAGCUCUUGAUCGAUGUUGACGAAGAUUCGUUAAGUCCAGAGGAACUAAAAGAACGAAAAAUUAUGACCCUUCUUCUGAAAAUUAAAAAUGGCACACCGCCCAUGCGUAAAUCAGCGCUUCGACAAAUCACGGAUAAGGCUAGGGAAUUCGGUGCGGGACCACUUUUCAACCAAAUUCUUCCCCUACUGAUGUCUCCAACUCUCGAAGAUCAAGAGCGACAUUUGCUUGUGAAAGUUAUUGACCGUAUUUUGUACAAAUUGGAUGACUUGGUCCGCCCUUACGUCCACAAAAUUCUCGUCGUCAUUGAACCACUUCUGAUUGACGAAGACUAUUACGCCCGUGUCGAAGGCCGAGAGAUUAUUUCCAACUUGGCUAAAGCAGCUGGUCUAGCCACUAUGAUUUCUACUAUGAGACCAGAUAUCGAUAAUAUCGAUGAAUACGUGCGUAACACGACAGCAAGAGCUUUUGCAGUAGUAGCUUCUGCUUUAGGAAUUCCUUCACUACUUCCGUUCCUUAAGGCUGUAUGUAAGAGUAAGAAGUCUUGGCAAGCACGCCACACUGGCAUCAAAAUUGUUCAGCAAAUUGCCAUUCUGAUGGGCUGUGCCAUCUUACCUCACCUGCGAAAUUUGGUCGAGAUCAUUGAACAUGGCUUGGUGGAUGAGCAGCAGAAGGUUCGUACCAUAACGGCUUUGUCGAUUGCCGCGUUGGCCGAAGCCGCUACCCCGUACGGUAUUGAGAGCUUUGACUCCGUGCUAAAACCUCUUUGGAAAGGUAUACGAACCCAUCGUGGUAAAGGAUUGGCUGCUUUCCUUAAGGCCAUUGGUUACUUGAUUCCACUCAUGGAUGCGGAAUAUGCCAAUUAUUACACUCGUGAAGUGAUGUUGAUUUUAAUUCGUGAGUUUCAGUCACCUGACGAGGAAAUGAAAAAAAUUGUGCUUAAAGUGGUGAAACAGUGUUGCGCGACUGAUGGUGUUGAACCCCAAUACAUCAAGACGGAAAUUCUACCACACUUCUUCAAGAGUUUCUGGAAUCACAGGAUGGCGUUAGACAGACGUAAUUAUCGACAACUAGUUGACACGACAGUAGAAAUUGCCAAUCGUGUUGGUGCAGCUGAAAUUAUCGGUCGUGUGGUUGAUGAUUUGAAGGAUGAAAAUGAACAAUAUCGUAAAAUGGUCAUGGAAACCGUAGAGAAGAUCAUGGGUAACCUUGGUGCCGCUGAUAUUGACGCUCGCUUGGAAGAGCAGCUCAUAGACGGCAUUCUGUACGCCUUCCAGGAACAGACGACAGAAGAUGUAGUUAUGUUGAAUGGAUUUGGUACAAUAGUAAACUCACUCUCCAAAAGAGUGAAGCCGUACCUGCCACAAAUUUGUGGUACUAUCUUAUGGCGUUUAAACAACAAAUCUGCGAAAGUUAGACAGCAAGCGGCAGAUUUGAUUAGCCGUAUUGCUGCAGUUAUGAAAACUUGUCAGGAAGAAAAACUUAUGGGACAUUUGGGAGUUGUUCUCUAUGAAUACCUCGGCGAAGAAUAUCCCGAAGUUUUGGGUUCUAUUCUGGCUGCCCUUAAAGCCAUCGUUAACGUUAUUGGAAUGCACAAGAUGACACCGCCAAUCAAAGACCUCCUUCCUCGAUUGACACCGAUCUUGAAGAAUCGGCAUGAAAAAGUGCAAGAGAAUUGUAUCGAUUUAGUUGGGCGUAUUGCCGAUCGUGGACCAGAGUAUGUUUCGGCCCGAGAAUGGAUGCGUAUCUGUUUCGAACUUCUGGAACUGCUAAAAGCUCACAAGAAAGCCAUUCGACGGGCUACAGUCAACACCUUCGGUUAUAUCGCCAAAGCCAUUGGUCCACAUGAUGUACUGGCUACCCUUCUUAACAACCUGAAAGUACAAGAACGUCAGAACCGUGUCUGUACCACCGUUGCUAUUGCCAUUGUGGCCGAAACUUGUUCGCCAUUCACUGUCCUUCCGGGUCUUAUGAACGAGUAUCGAGUUCCGGAGCUUAACGUUCAAAACGGUGUUCUGAAGUCAAUGUCCUUUUUGUUCGAAUAUAUCGGCGAAAUGGGCAAAGAUUACAUUUACUCCGUUACUUCGCUUUUAGAAGACGCUUUGAUGGAUCGAGAUUUGGUUCAUCGGCAAACUGCUUGUGCGGCUAUCAAACACAUGGCGUUGGGUGUUUUCGGCUUCGGUUGUGAAGACGCCCUGACCCAUCUUCUGAACUAUGUUUGGCCCAACAUUUUCGAAACUUCCCCACAUUUGGUUCAAGCUUUUAUGGAUGCAGUUGAGGGUAUGAGAGUAGCGCUGGGUCCAAUAAAAGUUCUGCAGUACGCAUUACAGGGUUUAUUCCAUCCCGCACGGAAAGUUCGUGACGUAUAUUGGAAGAUUUACAACUCACUUUACAUUGGAGGUCAAGAUUCUCUGGUGUGUGGGUACCCGCGAGUAGCCAACGAAGGGAAGAAUUCUUUUAUCCGUUAUGAACUCGAUUAUGUCUUGUAAUUCUUUGCUGUACUACAUUUUACACAAGUUUCAUGUCCUGAUUUAAAAAAUAAACUCACUUAAGCCGUCGGAA